CAUCUGUGCGCGCACAUGUUAGAAUAAGAACGAGUUCGCAUCCAAUACAGCGCGUCUUCGAACAUACUAUAGAAACUCAAAAGCGGCUUACCAAAUUCCGACUAGUGGUUCCGAGAAAAAAGCACUCCAUCAGGUUCUUCGCAUAGCAGGCGUUUUAAUACGCGACCACAUCAAACAGCACUCUUUCUUGUGCUCCACACACGCACAAUGGCACUACCAUCCAUAGCCCUGCCGGGCCAGCUUCUCGGUAGCAUUGACAAGUACUCUCCGGGCCCCGGAACGCACAUUUAUGAAUCGCAAAUCUACGCCUCAAUAGCAGGGCCAGUGGUGUCGGUAGGCUCAGCACCACAACCGACACCAGGGAGCAACAAAACCAAGCUACCACCUCUCGUCGCGAUAACCCGACCGCCCACCUUCAGUGAUCCAGGCAUCCUAGGCCCCAACUCGGGAGGUGGUGUGCCCCUGCUGCCCACGGUCUCCAGCACAGUACUAGUCCGCAUAACGCGUUUGGGCCCACGCUUCGCCUCGUGCGAGAUCCUCGUCGUCGACGACGCCGUAUGCCGGGAAGCCUUUCUUGCGCAGAUCCGGCGCGAAGAUAUUCGCGCAACAGAAAAGGACAAGAUCAAGAUUGAAGAGAGUUUCCGCGUUGGCGACUUGGUGCGCGGCACCGUGAUCAGUCUGGGUGACAGCGGAAACUACUACGUUGCGACUGAUCGAAAUGAGUACGGCGUUGUGCUUGCUAGGAGCGAGGAAGGACGCGUCAUGCAUCCCGUUAGCUGGAGGGAAUUUAGGGACCCAGUCAGUGGAAAGACGGAGUUGAGGAAGGCGGCGAAGCCGUUUUGAAAGAGUCUUGAGAUGUUCUGUAUAAUGUAUACCCACCCCCUUCCUUCUCUCAAGAAGGACCCUACCCCCCAAAAAACCCAAGUAUACUACUAUUCUCAUGAUAUGAGAUGGAUCUACAAUCACUACCUCGUAUAUUCUCACCGCCCACUCACCCAUCCAUCCAUCCCACGUUGCCUAUGUCAAAAAAUUCUCCUAGUUUGCAAAUCAGGGUCCCCGUUUGAACGGGAAUGAUUUGCAUUUCUUCGCCCAUCUCCACGUCUAAGAAAAGCACAACCCCCCAACUAACUACUGUUUCACCUGCACAAGCAUUCCCCUCCCCUCAACCACCCCCCACU